AUGAGAGUACUUCAGGAUAAUCUCAAUAGGAGCAGGACGACGCACCACCUUCUAACCCAGCACUGCUCUGAGAAACAAGCUGAUAUCGUUUUAAUCAGCAAACAGUACCAAGACAGAGCAGGAUUAGGAUGGUACGCAGACGAAUUAGGCACCGCGGCCAUCUGGAUCAGAGAUCCCCGACAAAUAAAUGUGUCGGAUCAAGGUUCCGGAUGCGGAUACACCAAACUGGACGAUCUGGAAGAAGCGCUGCGGGAAAUGCAAGGGGAUCUCAUUGUGGCUAGAGAACUCAAUGCCAAAGCUCUCGAAUUGGGGGAGGCCAGGCUGGACUCCAGAGGAAGACGAAUCAUGGAGUUGGCGUCGAGACUAGAGAUAUCAGUACAUUACACAGGCUCGACACCAACCUUCCGUAGGCCUGGCUACAGAAAGACGAUGCCGGACGUCACUCUAGCCAACGAACAACUUGUGGCAAGAGUCGCAGAAUGGCGGAUUAUUGAGGAUUAUACCGGGAGCGACCAUCAGUACAUCCUAUUCGAUGUACACGAUAGGAGGCCAGCAGUGAGAAGUGCAGAAAGACCCCCACGGUGGAACAUUGCAAGAAUGGACCGAGUGAGGCUGUCUUUGGUCAUUGAAGGAGGAUGGAGAUCCCUUCAAAUUGCUUCCGCGAGUCUAUCGCCACCAGAACAAGCCAGGAUGAUUGCUGCAGCAACUAUGCAGCUCAUCCAAAAGACUUGCGCGAUAGCGGUGCCAAAGAAGAGCACGAAACGGCAGAGGCAUCCUGUAUACUGGUGGAUGAACGAGAUCGCAGAACUUCGCAAGAAGUCCUUAAGGCCUCGCCGGUUAGCACAACGAGCGAAGAGACGCGACCUCGACGCUGCCCCCUUAGCCGCAGAGUAUCAAGCAGCCAAAAAAUUACUCAAGAGGACCAUCAACACUAGCCCGCGACGGGUACCAGAUCGUCAUUCGCAAGCUGGGGACUUACAAACACGGAAUUCCUCAGGACGCGAGGACCCUGGUAACAUCGUUCAUAGCCUAUUCUCCUCACAGCCGAAGAGUGAGAUUAGCUCGGCUGCGUCUGGCAGCAUCGAAGCGCCACAGUUUACGGAGAGGGAAAUACUCUGGGCCGCAUCUUCCAUGCGGAACGAUAGAGCUCCAGGACCAGACGGCCUUCCAACGGAAGUAAUGAAAGCCGUUGCGAUGACUCAUCCUGAGCUCUUGUUAAACAUGUAUAACUUGUACCUCAGGGAGAGCAACUUCCCCGCACCGUGUAAGAAAGCGAGACUUGUGCUCAUAAGCAAGGGCAAGGGUCCAGCAGAUUCCGCUUCGUCAUACUGGCCUAUAUUUAUGCUGCACUUAUGA